GAGGCGGAGAGGGAGUGCUCUUCGCCUUUCCUCGGGUGCCUGACGUGGUGGCUGGGGGGCCCUUCAUUCUCGGACUUCCCUCGGCCCUUCCAGGCUUCGCCCGGAGGCGAGAGUGGAGACGGCGCCCCGGGUUGACGGGUCGGUGCGGAGGGGCCUGCGCCGGCCGCGGCUGUGAAGGCGCUGCGGCGGCUGCGGGGAGCUCGGCGCAGCUCUAGGGCUCGGGCGGCGGGGAAACGGGAUGGCUGCGGCCGGCAGCGGAGGGGCGGCGGCGGGCAGAGCCUACUCAUUCAAGGUGGUGCUGCUGGGCGAAGGCUGCGUGGGGAAGACGUCGCUGGUGCUGCGCUACUGCGAGAACAAGUUCAACGACAAGCACAUCACCACUCUGCAGGCAUCAUUCUUGACAAAGAAGUUAAAUAUUGGUGGGAAAAGAGUAAACCUUGCUAUAUGGGAUACAGCAGGUCAAGAGAGAUUCCAUGCAUUGGGUCCAAUUUACUACAGAGAUUCAAAUGGAGCUAUUUUAGUUUAUGAUAUAACAGAUGAAGAUUCCUUUCAGAAGGUAAAAAACUGGGUCAAAGAAUUACGGAAAAUGUUGGGAAAUGAAAUCUGUUUAUGUAUAGUUGGUAAUAAAAUAGACUUGGAAAAGGAGAGACAUGUUUCCAUUCAAGAAGCAGAAUCGUAUGCAGAAUCUGUUGGAGCAAAACAUUAUCAUACUUCAGCCAAACAGAACAAAGGAAUUGAGGAACUCUUUCUUGAUCUUUGUAAAAGGAUGAUAGAAACAGCACAAGUGGAUGAGAGAGCAAAAGGCAAUGGCUCCAGUCAACCAGGAGCCACAAGGCGGGGUGUACAGAUUAUUGAUGAUGAACCUCAAGCCCAGAGCGGUGGCGGAGGGUGCUGUUCUUCUGGAUAACUGAUCACACUUAAGAGAUUAAACAAACAAACUGUGGAUCAUUGCCCUCAACAUGAAGACUGCCAUAUUCCAAGUCACAUUAUUUUACCAAUGGAAUUAUAGAAUUAAUAGUAUUUUAAAUUACGUUUAUAACAUUGCAGAGACCUUAAGUGCUAAACUUAGUGGAGUUUGUGACCAGAGAAUUGGCAUUUUUCUACAAAUGUUAACAAAGCAAUUACCAAUGGCCUUUUUACAUAUUUUUUUCUUUAAUAAGGAAUAAUAUGCAUGUAGAAAAGACCUACUUAAAGGCUUCAUUUAUAUUCUUUUAAAUCAGAUCUUUAUUUAAUAACUUAUAUAUGUUGUUGGAAUGGUAUACAUUUUUGCAGCCCUUUGUAUUUUGUGGUAGUUUGAAUUGUAUCACUUCUAAACAGCAAACUGUUUUUUGUUUUUUUUGUUUUUUUUGUUUUUAAAUUAGCAGAUACCUGAAGUACUAUUUUUGCAGGGUUUGCACAGGCCCCUUAACUGUCUACUACUUUGAUAUAAUCUAUAUACAACCUGUAUGCUGAGCUGGUAAAAUACAUUGUAAAAUUACAUAUUAAAUAUUUUAUCUGCUUUUACAAGCGCAAGGUGCAAAACUACAUACAGUAGUCUCAUUGAUGACUAUAAAGUGAAUUAACAUUUGGUGAUAAUGCCUAAGCUUUUUGACUCUGACAUAAAGAUCAUAGCUCCCCUUCACUUUUGUCUUAACUUGAAAGUGGCGUGUUUCAAUUUUCACAUAUACUUUACUUGAAUUAUUGCUGUUGUCAUAUUUUUGCCUCUGUAAGUCUUUCUGAUGAUUGAACAACAGCAUUUGCCCUUUGGUUUGUUGGGGUUUGGGGGGGCUUUUUUUGUUUGUUUUUAUUUUUGUUUGGGGGGGAUUUUUUUGGAUAAAAGAGAUGAAUUCUGCUGAUUUUGUUUUAGAGUGGUUACCUUAGAAGUAUUUGAGUGGAGCAUGCUGAAUUUCACUUCUGCAAUGGCUUUAGUUUUCUCUUAGGCUUUAUAUGAGAUGGGUUCACUGGUGUCAGAAGAGAGGAAGAGGUACCAGACAGUUGCCACUCACCAAGACUCAUUCAUACAGCAUGUUAAUGGGUAGUUCUUGCUCCUGGGGCAGCACUUUUAAAUCCUUUGUGAGCAAAUUGUAUUUGUUCAUUGCUUGCCAGAGAUGAACACAGAAAAGUUUGUUCCAUUUUAUAAGAGCUGUCCUGAGUUUCUGUGAAGGGAAACAUUUCAUGUAAUGUGGUUAUAGCAAACACUGGAAAGAUUUAUUAUAAAAUUAUAUUCUUGUAUACUUUGUAAAUUAGUCUCAUUAGGUUUUUUUUUUUUCCUAAGCAUAGGACUGAACUUAAAUUUGUUAAUUUUAAUAGAAUCAGACAGUGCUCACAGAAGGAUUACAAAUUGUGGAAAUUAACAUACAUUGUUCUUGUUCUAAUAUAUAUAUUUUUCCAUUUCUGUCAUGCUUGGAAAACUAGUAAAUGUUAUGUCUAAGAUAAAAUGGAAUGGUUCCUGGAUUUACUUCUUACAAGAAGCAGUACGCAAUAAAGUCGUUGGCAUGAGCAAUUAAGAGGAUGUAAAGAGGUUAUAGUUACUAAAGAAGUACUACCAUAUUUUUAAGUUAAGAGCUUAAGGUUUCCCAAAUGGGUUUAAAGUUGAAUGGAUUGACACCUUUAUGCUAUGCUGUUAAAAUUUUAACUUAGUAUUAAGGGUUCUGUGAGCCCUCACUUUAUCUUCUUUGGUUACUCUCCUUCCCAAACUCAACAGACUGUUCUCUCUGUUGUGUGUGUUUGGGGAGGAUGGUAUGGGAAGAGUCAGAGAGAUAAGCUAACAUUUGUUUUAUUUUGUUUUGUUUUGUUUUGUUGAUUGUAUAGUCUCUCAGUUUCCUAUGAAGUUUGUGUUUAUGCAGGGCAUCAUGGGAGACCAGAGGAAUCAUGAGUAUAAAUGCAGGAAAAAUUGUUUUGCUCUUCUGGUUCUUCCACAGGUAGUUAAGAAAGCCUUGCCAUUUCUACUAUCAUACGUGCAGAUGGGAAAGAAGCUCUUGUUCACAGUGAACUGUUUUUUAAACUAAUGAGAGAUGAAAUUGAGCUUGAUUUCAAAAAGUAAAAUCAUAAAGCCUGAUAAUUGAAGAGUUGUACUCUCAAUUUUUGACCCUAUAUUAAUGAUAUUAAGUCCAGAUAAGAACCUCUGCUCCAAAGUUGCCAGAUAAUUAUUGAUGGGGUACAACCACUCUCCAUAUAUUUUUUUCUUUUCUCUCCCUUAGUUUUUGUGUAUCAUUCUUAACCUUAAGCAUUUCAUUCUGUUUUUCACCUUGUAAUUUAAGCUAAUUCAGUAGCAACAAUAAAUAAUAGGGAAUACCUGUCCUUGCUCUAAAGUCUGAGAGUUCUUUAGGUGGGAUGAAGGAGGAAUGAAAGAGGACCAGCCAAUUGCAGUAUGUGCAUAAAGGAGCGAUAAAGAGAUGAGAAACUAAGGCUGAGCAAAUUUCUCUGAUACUUUCUUCACUUCUUUAACAUAUCUUUUGUGUUCCUGUCCUUAUGAAUUGUACUAUUAGGAAGAAGACAUGAGUUGUUGUAUUGUAUAUUAAAAGUAGUAGGUAGGUAGAACCAAUAUAUUUUUCAACUAGUAAGUGUAUACAUUUAGUAUAUAUAAUUAAAAAUUGGUAUAAGAUAGUCAUUAAAAAUACCUGAAUAUUAUGUUAAAAGUAUACAAUCGUUUCUGUAAUGAUGAUGAGUAUUCUGCAUCUCGUUUUGCUUUGUGAUUAUAGAGGAAGAUCAUUGUUUUUAAAAAUGUAUAUUGCAACAAUUUGGGGGUAAACAGCAAUCUCAAAAAAAAAAGCAUCAUGUGAUUGUAUGAAA